CUUUAGUUUGAUAUAUCAUAAUUAAUUGAAUUCUGAAGAUGGGGAAGAAGAACGUUGAAGUUGGUGAUGAAGUGCUAAACAAGCAGGUGAUAUUCAAGGACUAUGUGACUGGGUCCCCAAAAGAAUCUGAUUUCCACAUAACCACAACCACCACAAAGCUUCAGGUUCCUCAAGGAUCAAAUGCGGUUUUGGUGAAGAAUCUUUACCUCUCUUGUGAUCCUGUCAUGCAAUUCCAAAUGAGGAAAAUGGAAGAUCCACUUUCUGGUUAUAUCUACUACGUCCCUGGCUCUCCAAUUAAUGGGUUUGGAGUGGCUAAGGUUCUGGAUUCAGGGCAUGCUGAGUUUAGUGCUGGUGACUUGGUUUGGGGAACAACUAGUUGGGAAGAAUAUAGUCUCAUUCAAAACCCAGAGCAGCUCAAGAAAAUUCACCACACUGAUGUGCCCCUCACACAUUACACUGGACUUCUUGGGAUGCCUGGAAUUACUGCAUAUGCUGCAAUCUAUGAAGUUGGUGUUCCAAAAAAGGGAGAAUGUGUGUUCAUCUCAGCAGCAUCAGGUGCUGUUGGUCAAAUAGCUGGACAGUUUGCCAAAUUGCUUGGCUGUUAUGUGGUUGGAAGUGCUGGCGAUUUGGAUGCAGCUUUAAAAAGGUGCUGCCCUGAAGGCAUUGAUUUCUACCUUGAUCAUGUUGGGGGGAAAAUGCUUGAUGCAGUUCUGCUUAACAUGAAGCUCCAUGGGCGAAUCGCGAUAUGUGGAAUGAUUUCGCAAUACAAUCUUGAUGAGCCUGAACUCCUAAGGAAUGUGAUGCUGCUGGCAUUGAAGAGACUUACUGUGAAAGGAUUCACACACAGAGAUCACCAUCAUCUGUAUCCUAAGAUCUUGGAACUUGUAUUGCCUUACAUUAGGGACAAGAAGAUUUUCUAUGUUGAAGACAUUGUUGAAGGACUUGAGAAUGGACCCGCUGCUCUUGUUGGGCUAUUCACUGGUCGCAACUUUGGAAAGCAAAUUCUUGCCCUUCCUCCUCAAUGAUCAAUCAUAAUCAUGCAUCAUAGUGCCCCGCAAGGCUUGGUUUAGUGGUAACUAUGUUUGUCUUGCUAGGAGGUGCACCGGGUUCAAAUCCUAGUCGAGGCUGGUUGUUGUUUAAGAAUUUAUAGUACUCAUGAUAGUGUGUGUGAGUGUGUUGUGUGGGUAUGUAAAACAUAAAUGUAACGCCUAGGAUUGGGGCUGUCCAAUCCGUUUGACCAACAAAAAAAAUCAUGCAUCAUAGUAGGGUUAAAAAAGUUAAAU